AUGGUACCCCGUGUUCGGCUAACUUUCCUAGAAGAACGGCCGCCCACGCCAAAACGACCAUCCCUGGCAGAGCGGACGCCUGCGACAGAGGUGCCGCCCCUGGCAGAGCGGACGCCUGCGACAGAGGUGCCGCCCCUGGCAGAGCGGACGCCUGCGACAGAGGUGCCGCCACUGGCAGAGCGAACGCCUGCGACAGAGGUGCCGCCACUGGCAGAGCGGACGCCUGCGACAGAGGUGUCGCCCCUGGCAGAGCGGACGCCUGCGACAGAGGUGCCGCCCCUGGCAGAGCGGACGCCUGCGACAGAGGUGCUGCCACUGGCAGAGCGGACGCCUGCGACAGAGGUGCCGCCCCUGGCAGAGCGGACGCCUGCGACAGAGGUGCCGCCCCUGGCAGAGCGGACGCCUGCGACAGAGGUGCCGCCACUGGCAGAGCGGACGCCUGCGACAGAGGUGCCGCCACUGGCAAAACAGUUCCCCACUACAAAGGGGGACCACCCCUGGCAAAGCGGACGACUCAGGCAAGGCAUCGAUUUUCACUUACACUCAUAUAACUCCCUUGUCAGUAAAUUGGGAAGAGCCGAGCGAAGUGGCGCUCCUAAGUGA